AUUUCAGUACUUACUUGCUAUUCAUUUAAAAUGUUUGUGUUUUCGGAAUGGCUGCCUUCAUUGUUUCUUGUGUUGGUGGCAAUUGGCGGUCAUGUACAGGCCCAAGGAUAUUAUACAAUAACAUCACCGGGCAACAUAAGACCCAACUCGAAAUAUAGCGUGCAUGUGAGUGUGUCAGACGUGUGGCGCAAUACAAAAAUUAAACUCACUCUCAAAGGCCCAGAACACAUCAAGUUUACAGAGCUGGAUAUACCACCUAACUCUGAGCGGAGUGUAACAUUUGAUCUAGGAGAAAUUACAAAAGGCGCCUACUCUUUGGAAGCAAGUGGAUUAUCGGGAAUUAUUUUCAAAAAUGCGACCAAUUUGGACUUUGUGGACAAUAUGCCGCGUGCUUACAUACAAACUGAUAAGGCAAUGUACAAACAUGCAGAGACGAUACAAUUCCGUGUGAUAUUCAUAGAUCAGUAUUUAUUGCCAGCAAAGGUCACUCAACCAAUAUCUGUGCUAAUAAAGGAUGCUGAUGACAAUAGCAUUCAGCGAUUCAAUAAUAUUGAGCUUAAUACUGGUGUUUUUAAGGGAAAAUUAAAAUUAGCUGAGUCUGUCGUUUCGGGUAUGUGGUCGCUUGAAGCUUUUGUGGGACAGGACAAAGUGGCCGAAAAGUAUGUUGAAAUUAAAGAUUACGUGUUGCCUUUAUUUGAGGUGGAAUUGGACGCACCUAGUCAUGCAUCUCUCAAUGAGGAAUCAUUUCCUGUUACAGUACGAGCGCGCUACACUUUUGGUGAAAUCAUAUAUGGAAACUGUUUAUUCAAUAUUAGUCGAAAAGGUCAACCGCUCAUCGAAAGGGAGUAUCCUCUAAUUGAUGGUCAGAAGACAAUGCUUGUUUUUCUAGAGGAGAUUGGCAGAAAGAUGCAAACGAUAUAUAUAAACGUCACCAUUCAAGACACUGUAACCUCGACUACACGCACAAUUUCGAAGCAAGUAUUAAUUGUGGAUAAACGUUACUUAAUCGAAACACCAUCAAUGACAAACAUAUGCGAGGGCCCAAAGGACACAUUCUCAUAUCGUGUACACAUUUCGCACUACGAUGGAAAGUCAGUUGAUGUUGAUGAAGAAGUUCAAAUACGGUUUGAUAAGGGUCUAAAUGGAAGUCCUACAAAAACAGUCACCUAUGCCGAUUCUAACGGCUACGUUGAAAUGGAAAUUGAGUGUUCGAAUUACAAGAAUAUUAAUAUAACGGUCGAAUAUAUGGGAGAAACAUCGACGGGACCAGUGAAACUAGUGAGCGGACAACCAGGAGUCUAUGUUAAAACGAACUAUCCACAGGUCGCUACCCCAAUGGAAAUACGCGUAGUAUCGGGUGAAAUAUUUUCGAGCUUCAUUUGUGUGAUAGUAGGGCGUGGCAAUAUUGUAUAUAACAGUAUUAUAACGAUACCCAAUGGCGCCAGCAGUCGGUCGCAUACAUUCUCUAUAGAACCAACCUACGAAAUGAUGCCGAAGGCGCAUAUUUUAGUGUAUUUUUUCAAAAAUGGUAAAAUGUUCUAUUACGAAACGGCUUUUUUGGUAGAAAAGGAAUUUCAAAAUAAAAUUUCUAUCGACACGUUAGAAACCACCAAGCCAGGAACACAUAUUUCUGUAGCUGUCGAGACCGAUCCAAACUCUUACGUGGGCUUAUUGGGUAUGGAUAAAAGCACCUUAUUGCUUAGAUCUGGUAAUGAUUUCGAUGCUGAAAUGAUAUUUAAUGGUUUGGAAAAUGUUGUCUCGAAAACACCCGAAAAAUAUUUACCUCCAAAUAAAAGUUAUCCUGGUGAAAUAGCCGGCCUUGUAACAAUGACAAAUGCCCACUACGAUACAGAGCUAAAACAAGAAGAAUCCGAUAUAAGAGUCAGAGCGUCAAAAUCAAGGAAAGUGCGCCGAAAUUUCUUUCAAACCUUUGCUUUUCACGAUUUUAUGAGUGUUGAUGGUCAAGAUACAUUAUUGGAAAAAGUACCGGACACCAUAACAUCGUGGGUGAUAACGGGAUUUUCAAUUAACCCAAAAACUGGAUUGACGCUUACAAAAACUCCAACGGUUUUCAGGACAUUUAUGGAAUUCUUUGUUUCAGUAAAUCUGCCAUAUUCUGUAAAGAUAGGGGAAACUAUUACACUACCUGUGGUGGUUUUCAACUAUCUGCGGACGGACAUACGCGCUAGUGUCUCCAUGGAAAGCGAGAAGAAUGAAUUUGAAUUUGUUCGGAAACCAAGUUCUACAAAAUACACAUUGACGACGCAUGUACGUAAAGAAAAAAGUAUAACAGUUCAUUUUAAAAUACGCCCAAAAGUGGCUGGUAUGAUAACACUGAGAAUAUCAGCCGAAAGUAGUUUCGGUAGUGAUGAAAUCGUUAAACAGCUAAGAGUCGAAUACGAAGGUACCCCAGUGUUCAAUAAUACGGAUUUCUAUAUUAAUGGAGAGGAGAGCAAGACAAUAAAAUUGGAUAUACCGCCGAACAGCGUUCCGGGGUCUGAAUACAUUGAAAUAUCUGUGAUGAACUUUAUCAUGGGCUCUAUGUUAAAUUUGAUUAAUAGUGGUGAGAAUUUCGAUGAGCUAAUUCGCAGCCCCAUAGGAUGUGGCGAGCAAAAUAUGAUGUAUUCUGUGCCAAAUUUGUUGGUAUUGAAGUAUUUACAGAGCACAGACACGUCAAACGAUGUACUUUAUGAAAAAGCAAAAAGUUAUCUACAAAUCGGCUAUCAGCGUGAACUUACUUAUAAAAUUUGGGAUGGUUCUUUUAGUACCUGGGGAUACGCGCCCGGCAUUACUUGGCUAACUGCUUAUGUGACACGUAUCUUUCAUGAAGCCAAAUCGUACAUUUUCGUGGAUGAUAAGGUCCUUAAACGAGGAUUAGAUUUUAUGGCAAAGAAGCAAGAGGCGGCUGGGAGCUUUAGAGAAGAUGGCAGAUUAACCGAUUUUGCUAACCUCAAUAAAUUGUCCGUGACUGCAUCUGUGCUACAUGCUUUUCUAGAAAAUACACAAUAUUUAGAUAAAUACAAGACCAUUGUGGACAGAGGUUUGGCAUAUGUGAAGCAACAUGUCAAGGAAACCAAUGAUAUGCAUUCAAUUGCUCUAUGUUUGUAUGUGUUGCAAUUGCGCCAAGACCCCAUGGUUAAUGAGCUGCUAACAACAUUGGAGACGAAAGCAAUGAUCAGAGGUGAACACAAAUGGUGGCAAUAUUCUGAUGAACCGGCGAAUAUGGAUGUUUAUGUAACAGGAUACAUAUUACUAACACUGCUCGAAUUGAAAAAGCCAGUUACGCCGAUUGUCAAGUGGUUGGUGUCAAAACGAAAUAGUAAUGGUGGAUUUUCGUCAACCCUCGUUACUGAGGUGGGAUUGCGCGCAUUGGCCCUCUAUGCGGCCAAUUAUAGGAAACAAAGCAAUAAUAGGCAGAUCGAUGUACACUCCAAAGGGCAGUUACUGAAGACGUUCAAAGUUGACGAAAAAAGUACAUACGCGAAUCAAAAAACUGAGUUACCCAAACACAUUCGAGAAUUGCAGUUCACUGCUACUGGUAGCGGCGAGGCAACACUCCAAAUCUACUAUCGCUUCAACAGCUUGACACCUGAGAACACAAUAUUCAUAGUAAACUCCUCGCUUUCCAAUUCAUCAGCAAAAAGGAAAACUUUAAAAAUCUGCGUCUCUUUAAAUCCGUUUUAUAUUCAACGAACUGGCAUGGCAUUGAUGGAAGUACAUCUGCCAUCUGGCGAACAAGUAGCCCCCAACUGUUGCGACCUUAGUUAUUCCAAACACGCUCAGAAUGUACAAACGUCAAGAUUCAACCAGAAGUUGGACAUUUACUAUAAAGAGUUUUCAAAGGAUGCUGGUGAUUGCUUAGAGAUACCAAUAGUGACUAUGUUCAAUAUAACCAACCAAAAGCCUGGCUCGAUUAUUAUAUACGAUUACUAUAACAAUGAGUUAAUAGAUAAAUACUAUUAUAAAAUCGAGCCGUCAAAUAAUUUAGGCUAUUUUAUAUAAUCUAUUAUACUCCUAUUUGACCACUGACAUCCGUUUAAAGCUGUUGUGAAAUGUAUGUAAAACAUUAAAUGUGAUCUCUUUGUGUAUGAUUUUUUUCAAUAGAGAGAAAUUUUGAAUUUAUGACAGCUAAAUUGCCAAGUGAUAAAGCCUAAAUUUUUAAUGCUCAA